AUGGGCACUAAGAGGGCAGGUGACGCGGGGACCCCGUCGCCUGCGAAGAAGGCGGCGGCCGCGGCGGCCUCGCCAGCCGCUGCCUUUGGCGCGCCGCCCGCCGCUGCCUCUGGCGCGCCGCCCGCCGCUGCCUCUGGCGCGCCGCCCGCCGCUGCCUCUGGCGCGCCGCCGGCCCUGCGCAUCGCGCAGCUCCUCGAGACGGACCAGUCGAUGCAGCAGGGUCACGUCAAGGAGUGGGUGCGCCAAGUGAAGCACCACGUCGACCAUAGUUUGCUCAGCUUCCUGGGGCAGCGCAAGCGCGAGGUGUCCUUCGCGGUGCCCGCCAAGUGUUCUUUGAUUCCGCCGUUGGCCAUCGCUGAUGCUGCCUCUGGCGCAAACCUUAGCUCGUUUCGCGAGCUCAUGGACUACCACAACCUGGUUGCGAGCUUCUCCCGCACCAAGGAGUGCGAGGCAGCGGGGGCGGCGUGGAUGUUGGACCAGAUUUGCUCGGACAUCGACGACGCCACCGUAAGCCAGCUCGAGGGUGCCAUGGGCACGUGGUCAGAGGAGGCCUACUCUCUCUCCUCCAAGCACGCCCCCUCGCUGCGCCUCUCCUUCGACGCGCCUAUCCCCGCCUUGGUGGUCGACGUCGAGGUCGCCCAGCGGUUUGAGCCUAACAAGCUUGGAGCUUGCUUGACAGAGGCUCUGGCCAUGCUCGCGGGCCGCACGGCGGUCAUCACGUGGCGCGCUGCUAUGGGCAAGGCACUCCAGCAGUCCAACGAAGACCGCGCGUGGCAUUUGUUCAAUGCCGCGUUGUCCGUGCCCAUCAGGAUGCGUUUGCUGCCUGAUUGCGACGCGACCCACUUGGCCGCUCUGGCAUUUUCAAAGAAGCUGUUCUCUGCGUAUGCUGCCUCUGGCGCUGAGUCCUUCUGGCGGUUCGCAGAAAAAACGCGCCGCUUGACCAACGCCCACGGCCUCCAGUUCAAAGGAAAAGCGUGCACCGCUGCAACCGCCGCGGCGCUGAAAGGUCUGCGCCCUUUCGUCCUCGACGGUGCCUGCAGUUCGGCUCGCGCGCUGGCCGGAGCGCAUUUUCCAGAGUUUCGCGACCGGGCGCUUCUCAGGAGGAUCGGCUUCGCCUGCUCCGCGAGGGGUGGUUCUGACGCCAAGGCCAGGGAAUUGCUCGUUUUCAUCAUGAACAGAUUCCGCGUGGCCCGCUUGACGGGCGACGUCCCGAAGGACGAGAAACUGGUCGUGAGCAGGGUCGUCGGGCGCGAUAGGAAGACGCCAGGGAUGCUGCACGCGCUCUUCAAGAAAAAGGAGCUCGUCGAGUACAUCUUCCACGAGGCGUUUCUCAUGAACAAGGAAGUGGGGAGCGACAUGGCGGCGUGUAAGACGCCUCUCCACAUCCUCCAGAAGUUCGCUGCCUCUGGCGCGGAUGGGCUCGCGGCUUCGCACCGCGCGUCCGACUCAGGCGGCGGCGCCGACGGGAUUGAGCCAUUUUUUGCGCCCCCCGUGGCUGAGCAUCGGGACGCCGUGGAUGUCAAGACGAAGGCGAUGAUCGACGUCGCGUGGCCUCUGUGGCCGAACGCUUUCGACGACGAAAUUGCCGAGCUUGCCCAGCAGGAGCUGCAGAACAGCACCACUGCGUUCGUCUGGCACACGUACCUCGCCGAGACCAGCCAGGGCGUUGGCGCCAAGUGCCGCGCCUUCGUGGCAGAGCUCCAGAAGCUCCAGGAGCAGCUCGAGCAGCUCCGCAGGAAAACUGUGAAGUUCGUCAGUUUGCCGUCUGUCGGCGGUGCCUCUGGCGCGGAGUACGCAAUGGCGCAGAUGCAAAGCUUGUGGGAUGCGCUCAGCCUCGGGCACCGCUUUGGGAGGAAGAAGAACGACGUUCGCGCUUUCAUCCUCUCAGCGGACUUGUUCCCGCCCAACGUCGUCACGCAAGGCGCCGAGGCUAGGGUGAACGAGCAGGCGGCGUGCGACGGGGCGAAGUUCAAGCGCGUCAUCGAGUUCUUCUUGCGGAAGAGGCAGAAGGAUGAUGUCCUCAUCUUCCUCGACGGCAUGAGCCGCGCGAACCGCAGGGUAAUUGAGUCCUUCGAUGCGAAGUUGGGGUCAGGAGGCACCCGCGCGCACGUCGAGUGCUGGUUCGUGCACGAGCAACAGGCGAAGGUGGACCCGCGGUCCGCGGCCAGGGCGUCGAGCUACACGAAGAACAACAGGGAGACAGCCAUUUUCUCGAUGCCACUCAGGGGCCCGCCGCAGAAAGUGCUGCACCGUGCGGAGUUCAACGCGUGCGGCGGGUCCUCGACCGCAGACACGUCAUGCAGCGGUAUCCCAAUGCGGCGUUUCUCCGAGCUCCUUCGCAUGGACCACGAGGCGAAGAUGAGCAUCUUGGGAGCUGCAUCUCGCGCUAGCGUGAACGGGAAGCAACCGCGCCUGCAGGGAGACAUCGACUCGAAGGGCCACCCGUUCUCGCACGCCGAGGUGAAGCCGCCCAGCUUGUGGCAGACUCUCGUGGAGCACCGCAAAGUGACCCACGUCGUGGACUUCGCUCCAGGUUCUGGCGCUUUGGCUGUUGCUGCCUCUGGCGCAAUUGAGUACGAAGGCAUCGCUGUCAACGAUGCGCACCGGGGCUGGCUCGAUUCCAUCGUGGACAGGUGCGCGAUGCACAAGGCGGGCCACGAGGAGGGGCACGCGAAGCAAUUGGGCGGCGACGCCGAGUUCGUCGAGAAAGCCAGCAAGUAUUUCAGCGGAGCCAU